AUGGACGUGGUAGGUCUUUUAAAUAACAUAAACGAUAAGACUGAUAUGUUCGCCGUUAAAACAUGGACUUCAGAAUGGACAAAUAGUUUUCAAGACAAUCAAGUACUGUGGUCGUUCUGUGGCUGUUUGUUGGUUUCAGUUUUAGUCGUUUUUUUCUAUUAUUACAAGAGAUGGCGAUCAAAAGAGGCAGUUGGAGGCGCCGGGGCCACGGCAGCCGGGGAACCGGCGAAACGGUUCCGAAAACGCGACAAGAUGUUGUUUUACGGCAGACGUAUGUUACGGAAGGUCAAGUCUAUAUCAAAUUCUGGACAGGGAAGGAAACGGCGUGCCGUCAUGAGGUUCGCAAGGAAAUUGCUGCAACUGAAGAAAGAAUCAGCACCUGAACAAUUGAAGGUCCUUGAACCACCAGCGGAAUAUCUCGAGGAAGACUUGACGAAUGAUGACCGAGUCCCACCUGAUGCUCUCUACAUGCUGCACAGCAUCCGAGUGUUCGGACACUUUGAGAAGCCAGUGUUCCUCAUGCUGUGUAAACAUACUGAGAUAUUGAACCUGCCCGCUGGGUCAUUCCUGUUUAAAGUUGGUGAUACAGAUGAGAAUGUUUACGUGGUCCAGAACGGUCGCGUGAACGUUUAUAUCACAAACUCUGAUGGUAGCAGUCUGUCGUUGAAGAUCGUCCGAGCUGGCGAGAGUGUCACUUCUCUACUGAGCUUCACUGACGUUCUCACGGGUCACUCUCAGCCAUACAAAACAGUAAAUGCAAAGGCUCUAGAAGAUUCCCAAGUCAUCAAGUUACCUAUGAGGGCCUUCCAAGAGGUCUUCAAGGAGUAUCCAGAUAUAUUUGUCAGAGUUAUACAGAUAAUUAUGGUGCGUCUCCAAAGAGUGACCUUCACAGCUCUUCACCAAUACCUCGGUCUUAGCGCUGAGUUAGUGAAUCCUGGUCGUGAGAAACGCCGCCCCAACACGGCGCCUACAUCUUCACCAGCCAAGGUCAGGGUUGACAACACUUUGAAUUCACCACACCACGAGAAGAUGGAAUUAGUGGAGGGAUCUCAAGUCUCCUCUCCCAUCCACAUCCCGACCCGGAAGCGACCCGACAUGGUACCGGAUGUUACGUCAAACACGCCACAAAAUACAACGCAGCUUCAACCAGAUGUACAACCAACAUCAUCAUUCCAAAGAUCAAAAGAAGGUUCCUUUAAGAAACCAAAUACUGAUAAUUUAGAUGAGCAGGCCCUCAUAAAGAUUGCAUCGGAGGCUUUCGUGAAGGAACUGGGUUUAGACAAUGAUCAGAUACUGAAAGGGAAUGUUCAAGUGAGAGAUCUACCCGCUGGGACUUACAUCAUGAAGGAGGAAAGUCACAAGGAUGUAGCGUUAGUAUAUCUAUUGUCGGGCGCUCUGUUGGUGUCACAACGCGUGGCCGAGGGGGAGGGGGAGGUUCAUAUGUUCACCGCAUAUCCAGGUGAAGUAGAAGGCGGUCUGGCUGUAUUAACGGGGGAGCCGAGUUUCUUUUCAAUAAGAGCAAAGCAUUUCUCUCGUAUCGGUCUGUUAUCUAAGACAACAGUGUAUAGUAUAAUGAGAGAACGUCCCUCCGUAGUACUGCACAUAGCUAACACGGUAGUCAGAAGACUAUCGCCGUUCGUUAGACAAGUCGAUUUCGCUUUGGACUGGGUGUUCCUGGAAUCAGGUCGAGCUGUGUAUCGUCAGGACGAGGAAUCCGGUUCAACAUUCAUAGUACUGAGUGGACGGCUGCGGUCAGUCAUCACACAUCCUAAUGGAAAGAAGGAAUUAGUUGGGGAAUAUGGCAAGGGUGAUUUAGUUGGCAUUGUAGAGAUGGUCACUCAAACUCGUCGUAGCACCACUGUGAUGGCGGUUAGAGACUCCGAGCUCGCUAAACUACCUGAAGGAUUGUUCAACGCUAUCAAGCUACGGUUCCCCGUUGUUGUGACACGACUCAUCAAUCUAUUGGGACACAGAAUUCUAGGAUCAUGGCAGAAGCCCACCCGAGGUCUGGGUACCGCUGCUAUCGAGUCUCGUCCUUCACAACACAACUUCUCAACAGUGGCCGUGGUACCUGUCAGUGAUGAUGUACCGCUUACGGCAUUCACUUACGAGUUGUAUCACUCACUGUGCGCUAUUGGUCCGACGGUUCGUUUGACGUCUGACGUCAUCCGAAAACUAUUGGGUUUGACCAUAAUGGAUCCGAAUAACGAAUAUCGUCUCAGCUCCUGGCUUGCACAACAAGAGGACAAGCAUAAAGUAGCAUUAUAUCAAUGUGAUCCAAGUCUCACUCAGUGGACCCAGCGGUGCAUUCGACAAGCGGAUUGUAUUUUGAUAGUAGCUCUUGGAGAUAAACAACCCAGUAUCGGCAAAAUUGAGAAAGAAAUCGAGCGGCUAGCCAUCCGUACUCAGAAGGAGUUAGUACUGCUUCACCGUGAAGGAGGUCCCAAUCCUUCAGGGACUGUACACUGGCUGAACAUGAGGUCGUGGGUCAGUCAGCAUCAUCACGUCCGCUGCCCACACAGAAUGUUCACCAGGAAGAGCCAGUAUAGGAUUAGUGAGUUGUACAGUAAAGUCCUGAUGUCGGAGGCUAGCGUGCAUUCAGACUUCUCUCGACUUGCUCGCUGGCUGACUGCCACGGCUGUGGGCCUCGUGCUUGGAGGGGGCGGAGCCCGGGGCGCCGCACACGUCGGUAUGAUAAGAGCCAUACAGGAGGCCGGCAUACCCAUAGACAUGGUGGGUGGAGUCAGUAUUGGUGCAUUCAUGGGGGCGUUAUGGUGUAUGGACAGAAACAUAACUACUGUGACACAGAAAGCCAGAGAGUGGUCUACUAAAAUGACACAAUGGGGUAAGCAACUAUUGGACCUGACAUACCCAGCGACCUCUAUGUUCUCCGGCAAGCAGUUCAAUACAACUAUAAGGACUACCUUCGGAGAGGUCCAUAUUGAGGAUCUCUGGCUGCCGUAUUUCACAGUUACUACAGACAUUAGCUCCAGUUGUAUGAGGAUUCAUAGACACGGUUCACUAUGGCGUUACAUACGCGCCUCGAUGUCUUUGAGCGGGUACAUGCCCCCACUCUGCGACCCAGUAGACGGUCACCUACUAUUGGACGGCGGUUAUGUCAACAACCUCCCAGGUAAACCAAUCACAACCGCUGAACGAAAUAGGAACAUAGGAACCCUGAGUGUAAAUAUUAACACUGAACGGAAUGUCAAACUACCCUCACGCAUGUUGUGGAGAUAUUGCCGCGCGUCAAUGAGCAUCGCGGGCAUCUUCCCGCCGAUAUGCGACCCCAUCGAUGGACAUCUGCUUCUGGACGGUUGCUAUGUUAAUAACGUGCCUGCGGACGUGAUGAGAUCACUCGGCGCCAAACACAUUCUGGCGAUAGACGUUGGCUCUCAAGAUGACACGGACCUCACUAAUUACGGUGACGAUUUGUCCGGAUGGUGGUUACUUUGGAAACGUUGGAAUCCAUUCACGACGCCGGUGAAGGUUCCCAAUCUGCCUGACAUUCAGAGCAGACUCGCCUACGUGUCCUGCAACCGACAGCUUGAAGAGGUCAAGAAAUCGGAUUACUGCGAAUACAUACGUCCUCCUAUCGACGCGUAUAAGACGUUGCAGUUUGGAUCCUUUGACGAGAUCCGUGAGGUUGGUUAUCGUCAUGGAUCAGCUUACUUCGAGGGUCAAAGACGAGGAGGAGGAGGCGGCGUUAGUGGAGCAGCCGCUGAGGGUAGGAAACACUCCGCACAACCAGCCUUGACUGAUUACACGUUCACGGAUUUGGCGCAAAUGGUGUGCUCAGUGAGGACGGCGAAAGAUGAUAAUGAGAGUAGCUCGGAAUCUGACUAUGAAGAUCAAAGACACUUCGAAGGUUACGCAUCUGAGCCCAGCGGUGGGAUACUAGAGAUGUCUUCCAGCGUUGAAGACGGCAACGCCUGGAUCAGCGACACGGAACUGGAGGGUCUCAGGACCCGUCGUGUCGGAGGGUCGCUCUCACUAUCGGAGGACGAGGUUGACUCGGAGGCUGAGAUGUACGAGCCGAUGAACAAACGGAUCAGAUGA